AUGCUGCACAGAGCGAAGCGAGUUAUCCACACAGCUUUUGCGAAGAGGCCAGCAGCAGAUGCUGCACAGAGCGAAGCGAGAGCAGCAGCAACAGCAGCUGCUGCUGCUGCUGCUUCUGCUGCAGCAGGAGGAGCAGCAGCAGCAGCAGCAGCAGCCGCAGACUCGCAGCAAUGGGACCGAUGCACUGCAGCAGCAGUGGGUCUUUCUAAGGCAUGGAAAGCCCUCAAGUCGGAGGCAAGAAGCAGCAGCAGCAGCAGCAACAGCAGCAGCAACAGCAGCAGCAGCAGCAGCAGCAGUUGCUCUCACUCCAUCUGCUGCUACACGAAGCUGUACCGUGAUAUAGCUCGUCUGUCGCAGGAGCUGCAGCAGCAAAUAGAGGCUUUGCUGCUGCUGCUGCCAGCAAGGUGCAGCAGCAGCGAGGAAGACCCCGAAACAGCCAAAGCAGUCGCAGCAGCAGCAGCAGCUGCUGCUGCUGCUGUUUCUGCUGCAGCUGCAGAUACACCUGAAUUCUCCGGUGUCUUGCCUUGUACAGCUGCAACGCCGGACCCCGCUCCAACUGCAGCAGCAGCAGCAGCAGCACCCUCAGCAGCAGCAGCAGCAGCAGCACCCUCAGCAGCAGCAGUAGCAGCAGCAGCAGGUAGAGAAGUGAGGGCUCUGGGCGUUUGCUCAUGCGAAGCAGCAGAAGGCAGCAGCACUUUGCUGCUGCUGCCACAGACAGCAGCAGCAGCAGCAGCAACAGCAGCAACGGCAGCAGCAGCAACAGCAGCAGCAGAUGCUGCAGCGCCAAUACAACAGACAACUGCUCAGCUAACUGCAAGAGAAUGCACGGAGCCGGCGCAUCAUGCUGAGACCCAGCAGCAGCAGCAGAAGCAGCAGCAGUUGCAGCAGCAGCAGCAGCAGCAGCAGCUGAAGCAACUGCUGCGUGCAGCAGCAGCAGCAGCAGCAGAGACAUACGGCUCAUUACUUGCGAUUGAGUCGCUGCUGCAUGGUAUUGCUGCUGCACUGCAGCAGGAGCAGCAGCAGCAGAACCUUCAGCUGCUGCUGCAGCAGGCCGACAUCAGAUUUCGAGGGGCUAGCAAACGCCGUAGUUAG